CCGUUUCAGUGUAAAAUCUGCUCUAAAUCAUUCUCUCGGUGCGAUAAUUUGAAAAGACAUGAAAAAAUUCACAUUGGCGAAAAACCGAUUAAGUGUAAAAUCUGCUGUGAAUCAUUCGUUGUAAGAAGUGAAUUGAAAAAUCAUGAAAAAAUUCAUACAGGCGAAAAACCGUUCCAGUGUAAAAUCUGCUCUAAAUCAUUUAUUCGUUGUAUUGAUUUGAAAGGACAUGAAAGAAUUCAUACUGGCGAAAAGCCGUUUCAGUGUAAAAUCUGCUCUAAAUCAUUCAUUCGUUGUAGUGAUUUGAAAGGACAUGAAAGAAUUCAUACUGGCGAAAAACCAUUUCGUUGUAACAUCUGCUCCAAAUCAUUCAGUCAUUGUGGUAAUUUGAAAAAACAUGAAAAAAUUCAUACUGGAGUAAAACCAUUUCAGUGUACUAUCUGCUACAAAUCAUUCUCUUCCAAAAAAUAUUUGGAAAAACAUGAAAACAUUCAUACAGGCGAAAAACCGUUUCAGUGUAAAAUCUGCUCCAAAUCUUUCAUUCAAAAAAAUAUUUUGACGUUGCAUGAGAAAAUUCAUACUGGUGAAAAACCAUUCCAGUGUAACGUCUGCUCCAAAUCAUUCAUUCACUGUGGUAAUUUGAAAAGACAUGAAAAAAUUCAUACUGGUGUAAAAUCCUUUCAAUGUAACAUCUGCUCCAAAUCAUUUUUUUGCAUAAAUAAUUUGAAAACACAUGAAAAAAUUCAUACUGGCGAAAAACCGUUUCAGUGUAAAAUCUGCUCUAAAUCGUUCAUCCAUUUUAGUAAUUUGAAAGGACAUGAAAGAAUUCAUACUGGCGAAAAACGGUUUCAGUGUAACAUCUGCUUCAAAUCGUUCAAUCACAGUAGUAAUUUGAAAACACAUGAAAAGAUUCAUACUGGCGAAAAGCCGUUCCAGUGUAAAAUCUGCUCCAGGUCUUUUAUUCAAAAAAAUAAUUUGAAAAUGCAUGAAAAAACUCAUGAAGUCAUUCAUUGAGAGAUGUAACUCGAUUCAUACUGCUAAAAAGUCAUUCACCCAAAGUAGGUAGGUUAUUGAGAAAUGAAAAACAUGUCUGUCGGAUAUAAUUCAAUUUCCAGCUUGGUAUUAGCCAGGAAAGUAGUUGUUUUCCGGCAAUACUGAAGCCUAUUUAUGUAAUCUUUGUGAUUGACAUUAUAUUCUUGAAAUUACAUAUUGGAAUUAGAAAUUACACUGAGUUUGUGGUAAAAUGGACGUGUUCUGUUUUUAGGGAUAUAUCCUGUAUAUAUCUUUAUUUAAACGGUACACAGAAUUAAAAUGGAGAACAGAAAAACUAAUUUCAGACAAUAAAUCGUUACAUACUUUUUCUGUAAAUAAGUCAUAGGGACUUUAAAGAACUCUGAACAUGUUCAAUAUUGGCUGAGUAUAUGGCAAGUCUCCGAAGCAAUAUACCUCAUGAAUUUUUGGUUUGAAUUAACAGGCAAGUCAGAUUGUAUAGUAUUAUUUAAUGACAACUUGAGUGCACGAAAACUUGCUGUCAUUAUAUCACAAACGCUCGAAGCAUAUAGAUAUACGUCAUCAUUUUAUAAGAGCCAUAUCAAAUGAAAAUUUCAAAUUGACUUAUUUACCAACCGAAAGUUGUUGGUUUAGGUAAAAGUAGGGUUUGAUAUAAUAGGGGGUGUUGGUUUCUGACAUCAAACUUUGAUCAUUUAUGCCAUUGGCAGUAUUGAAUUGUUAUAUUGGCAACAAUGUUCUUUUUUCUGAAUUAAAGUCGCAAUCAAACAGCAAACAA